ACACACACAUAUAUAUUGUUUAAUUAUUUUUCGUAGAUGCAGCCCGUCUUGUGCGUCAAACUGCACGUCACACUCGUAAUGGCCAUCCAUGGAGCUGUGGUAUUGUUGGAAAAAGCACUCUGUAGGCCUAUAGACCGAGGUUGUCGGUAUGCAGAAUAAAAUUGGCACAUCAAACAUUACAAAUAAAGGUAAUAUAAUUCAAUUUUAACCAACUAUUAAGCCUUCUAUUAUAAGAUAAGGGUGUAGGUAGGCCGUCAAUGUAAAUAAGAAUUUGUUCUUAACUGACUUGCAUAGUUAAAUAAAAUAAAUAAAUGUAGGGUUAUAGUUUGAAUAGCCUAUUCCCAUCUAUUUUUCAGAAUGUGUACGAUAAGCAUACAAAUAUAUAGCUAUUGAAUAGUCAUAACACUGAUAAAUGUUGAUCAACUGUCAGCAAUACAUCUCUGUAUCAACGCAAUUCCAGCGAUGACUGGCGGAGAUGCGCUCUUCCACAGCGGUAAUCAAUAGACGAAUGCAGGUACCCUGCCUCCUCGCAUACGCACUCUGUCGCUACAUCACCACGCAUUCUGACUCCACCGUGCAGUCUCUUAUUUCCAUCUCCAUCACUACUGCAUAUGAAGAAGAAUCACAAGGAUAACGGGUUGCUCCCUCAACAUCUGGAGCGCCACGUUUUACCACGCAGAGACAGUCGCUCUGCCUCUGAGAAAGAGACGGGUGAGACGGAGGACGGAGCACUUGACACCUUGCUUCACCGCAUCGAUAUGCAGUAGUGUGAUACCAAUUCUGCGGAGACAUAGAGGCCAUUCCAUGACAUCCUAAUAUUACAUUGAGGGGAUUGCGCAUUCGUGAUCAAAGGUAGUCUCGUUAGUGGUGCCGAACGGAUUAAUUUGGCUAUAGGACAGGGGAAAUUAAUAAUAUCCAUAUUUGAUCAAUACCUACCGUGAGAUAUCGUUGGACCUGCAAUGGACUCCAACGUAGGGGAAUAUGGAAUGGCUCGCUUGGGAAUCUUUAUGGUUUUGAUGGGGCUGUGGCGGUUUAGUGCUGCUUGCCCUGCGUUCUGCACUUGCAGCAUCUCAAGGAUUGCUUGUAUCGAUCCUGAACCAGGGAUCGAGGAUUUCCCUAUCCUUACGUUAGAUGACAUAGAAAUGGACAUCAACAUCACCGAUAUAUACAUUGCAAAUCAAAACAGACUAUUUGACAUCAAUGAUAACAGCUUGAAGUACUACUCAAAUCUCAGAAAUCUAACUGUGACAAAUACGAAAUUGACUUCUAUCUCAUCUCAGGCCUUUUUCAACAAUACAAGACUUCAAUAUCUGAAUCUGAGAGACAAUAACUUGUCAACACUCUCUUGGAAAACAUUCCAAAACUUAAAUAUGACAUCUUUUCCUCUCCUGUCUGGUAACCCUCUGGAGUGUGUAUGUGAGAACAUGUGGAUCAAACUGAGGCUGCAAGAGGACAUUGACAGUACAGAGAGUCAAGAGCUGAAAUGCAUAGAUGACAGAGCAAUGAAGAGGGCCAUCUCCAGAUUCUCUCCCCCUGAUUGUGAGGCUCCCGCAGUGGAGGUCAGUCCCACUAUCAUCAAAAUGACGGAGGGAAGUGAUGUCAGAGCAGUGUGCAGUGCAACAGGGUCUCCUGCCCCUGAUAUCUUGUGGAAUAUUGACAGUUUGUUUACCAUCACUAAGAUCAAUGCCUUGGAGCUGGAGAGCAAUCUGACACUGUUAGGUCUCUCGCCUUCGGACAACGGCAGAGUGAUCACUUGCAAUGUUGAGAACGUAGUCGGCCAAACCGAGGCUUACCUCCAACUCAACAUCCUCUUUCGCCCCACUAUCCUGGAGCUGCUGGAACCAUUGCGCCUCCACCACUGGUGUAUCCCCUUCAGUGUGACCGGAAACCCCAAGCCCGAGCUACGCUGGUACCACAAGGACCAAGAGCUCCACGAACAGGAGUACAUCAAGACCGAGAUCCACGAGAGCACAGGGAGCGUUCACCACGGCUGCCUGAAGCUUGUCAACCCGACUCACAUCCACAAUGGGCAGUAUACGCUGGUGGUCAGGAACGAGUACGGGGAGGAUCGUAAAGAAAUCGACGCCCACUUCCUGCUCCCGCCAGACCCAGACUACGAUACAGAACCGCCAUAUACCUACCCUUACACCACUGACUUACCACUACCCCCAAUAGAGGACAGUGUUGCAGUGUACAUAGUGGUGGGGAUCGCUGGCGUGGCACUCAUUGGAUGUGUCCUGAUGGUGAUCAUUCUGAAAUACGGAAGAAACUCAAAGUUUGGGAUGAAGGGCUCCUCCUCAGUCAUCAGUAACGACGAUGACUCCGCCAGUCCUCUUCAUCACGUCUCCAACGGCAACAACACCCCGUCGUCCUCGGAGAUGGGCCACGACGCGGUGAUCAUUGGAAUGACAAAGAUCCCUGUCAUCGAGAACCCACAGUAUUUCCGCCAAUCUGGCAGCAUGCUGAAAUCGGACACGUUUGUCCAGCACAUCAAGAGACACAACAUUGUGCUGAAGCGUGAGCUGGGAGAGGGGGCCUUUGGGAAGGUGUUCCUGGCUGAGUGCUACAACCUGAUCCCAGAUCAGGACAAGAUCCUGGUGGCUGUCAAGACGUUGAAAGAGGCCAGCGAGAGCGGCCGAGCCGACUUCCACCGGGAGGCGGAGCUACUGACCAACCUGCAGCAUGAGCACAUCGUUACCUUCUAUGGCGUGUGUGUGGAGAGUGACCCGCUCAUCAUGGUGUUCGAGUACAUGAAGCACGGCGACCUCAACAAGUUCCUCAGGUCCCAUGGUCCUGACGCAGUGCUGAUGGCUGAUGGGCAGCACAGCCUGAUGGUGGAGCUGACCCAGUCCCAGAUGCUGCUCAUCGCCCAGCAGAUCGCUGCAGGCAUGGUCUACCUGGCCUCCCAGCACUUUGUCCACAGGGACCUGGCCACACGCAACUGUCUGGUGGGAGAGAACCUGCUGGUCAAGAUUGGGGACUUUGGCAUGUCCAGGGAUGUGUACAGUACCGACUACUACAGAGUGGGGGGUCACACCAUGCUGCCCAUCCGCUGGAUGCCUCCAGAGAGCAUCAUGUACCGGAGGUUCACCACGGAGAGUGAUGUCUGGAGUCUGGGCGUGGUCCUCUGGGAGAUCUUCACCUAUGGGAAGCAGCCCUGGUACCAGCUCUCCAACAAUGAGGUGAUCGAGUGUAUCACCCAGGGGCGCGUGCUGCAGCGGCCGCGUUCCUGUCCAAAGGAGGUGUACGACCUGAUGCUGGGAUGCUGGCAGAGAGAAUCCUACAUGAGACUGAACAUCAAGGAGAUCCACAGCCUGCUCCAGAGUCUGGCCAAGGCCUCGCCUGUCUACCUGGAUAUACUGGGCUGAGUGAGUCUGGGCAGGUGUAUGGUGGGGGUGAGGGGGAGUUGCGGUGUGUGUGUGUGUGUGUGUGUGUGUGUGUGU